UCAAUCAAUUUAACUCACCUCAUAUUGAUUGGGGUACUAUUGAUGGGCUAUUUAUCCUCUCCUUACUCCAGUCAUGAUGCGACAAGUAGAUUUUUUUCUUCUCCUAAUUAAUUCAGACGGUCAGUUUUCAUUUGUUUCUUCUUUUUUUCUUGGGGAAGGAUUACCGGAUACCGAUCUCUUCCGGUGAUUGAGGUGUUCCUAUUUACAGCGAUGGAGGCGGAGUCGUCGGCCUACGGGAGAAGGGGAAGAGGGGAUGAAGACCGUGGCGCCAAUCGACAGGGAUGGAGGCAGCUACCGGCGGCCCUGCUCCUUCAAUCAACCAAUGCGUCUACAACUUCCACUUCCCAACAUGCCCAGGCGGCGCAGCUAGCUGGAUCCUCCCGGAGGUGGGUUUGGUGGCUGGUGUUACGCAACGCCGAGGUGGCCGUGCCCAGGGAGAAGCUCCUGUAGAUGUUGCCUGCAAGCGGCGCAGGGAGAGCUCCAGUACAUGUUGCCCGGCAAGGUGCAGUGAGGAUGUGAUGUACUUAUCCGCUCGAUGUCACCACGCGCUCGAUGUCUGUCUCCACGACGGUGCGACCACUCCCGCCAAACGCAAUCUUGAUGUCUACUACAGUGAGGCCACGUCGUCAUCUUCAAGUCCAGCUGCCCGCUCCGGCAUCCGCAUUUUCUCCUCAGCGGCAGGUUCCUCCGCUCAGCUUAAAAUGUCCUCCCAGCCAGCAUUCUAUGUCCCCGAGAUCGGCCGCCCCAAGCCUGAUCAUCCACGUCUCCCAACAAGCUGUUGGAGGAGACUAUCGUCGGUGGGCCUUUCUUCGUCGCCUCCUCCGGCUCCACAAUGGCGUAGCAGUCGUGGCAGUGUCUCUUCUGAUAGCGGUGUGGUUCUUCUGAUAAUGGUGUAGUUCUUCUGAUCUUCAGAGUUUGUUUUUUCUGUUUCUUCUGUUGUGUGUCUGUUCUCUUUCUUCUGAUGUGUACCUGUUCUGAUCAUGGUGCGCUUUCGAUGUCUGCAUAUGCUGCUGGACGAGUAUGCAGGGCCGCGUUGCCUUCUCCGGCUCCGCAUCGGCGUCGUGGGCUGGAGGACGUUACUUCUGUGUUGGCUGUUUCCUCCGGCGUGGUCAGUUUUUCUGUGGUUGCGCGUGAGCGUGACUGCCAGACUGCUUCUUUGCCUGUUGCCCGUGGCCGUGGCUUCUUUGCCUAUUGCUCAUCCGGUGUCUCCACCUAUUGCACUGUCUGUGCUUCGCUUUUCCUUGGAUGGGUUUGUACCCGUUUCUUCGCCUCUAGAAGCUGAUGCGUGGAGGAGACUGGAGAUUUGGUUGGGCAAGCGGCCUGUCCAUCCUAUACCUAUAACAAUAUCAUUGACAGUACUAGAGGUGGCAGUAUUUCGGUUCCCCUUGCUCCUGCUGGUUCAUCAUUGCCACAAUUGUUUGGACCUGGUUCUUCAGAUCUUGGUGCCUUUCAAAUCCUGGUUUCUUUGUUGUGUACCUCUUUUCAGGGGCUGUCCUGUAAUGUGAAGAAGUGUCAUUUAGUAUGUAUAUUAAGGUUUAGAAAAUGAAUGGGUUUUGCGUUUGUUUUUAGAGACUGCCCUGUGACACAAAGAAUAGGCAUCCAGUAUGUAUCUUAAUGUUUAAAAAUGCAUGCCGCUUAUUUGAUCUUCAUAUGAGGAGCUUGAUAGGACAAUAGUGUGGCUUCAGGAGAAAAUAAACAUGGUAGAGUUAGCAGUAGAUGUUGUAUACCAGUUCUGGGCGUGUACUUCUGGGCCAUUGUAGCGAUUGGUCGGUGCUCAAGGCUUUAGCUUUUGCCGUUA